UUUAAAUAGACAAGGAUUGGAGCGGUCAAAGACUGGACCACCUGUUAUGCAGAACAGGCAAGGUUACUGCAACUGUUGCCAUGCACCCUACAGCAAUCUGGAACAGCAUGUAUAUAGUUCCCAGCACAGACAUUUUUCCAGGUACUGUAGGAAUCGCAUGGGUACAAGUAGCUUGAUGGAGCGUUUCCUGCAAGAUGUUCUGCAACAUCAUCCCUACAGGUACCAGGACAACAGACCAACUUACGAUGACAUGCCAGUCAACUCCCAGCUUCUUGCAGAAGAUGGGGCUGCUGUAUCAGUGGAAGUCAAAGAGAAGGAGAGAGAGACGAGCAGGGUGGAAAAUCCAAACACUGAGAGUGGAUUCACUGCUGAAUCAGGCUGCUUUAUUUCCCAGAGCUAUGAAAAGCAGAAGGCGGCUUCUGUAGAACCUCUACCUGUCCAGACUCUGGGAAGGGGACAACAACCCAAACUCGGAGCUUCACAACAAAAUAUGGAUAUUUCCAGUAAUAUAAAUAAUCUUGGUCCAACAAACCUUUUGACCGAAAAUAGUAGUCAGAAAGUCUCAUUUACAGCUAAGGAUGUUUUACACCAUCCGUUACCUGUUAGCCAGGUACCAUUCACUCCUCAUAGACUUGCAAAGAAUAUUAGCUAUCCAGUAAAAGCAGAUGACACAUGUGAACAGGCUACCCAAGGUAUAUGCAACCAAGAUGGACUUUUGAAUUCAAACAAAAAUCUUGUUUUACAGCCAGUCCUGUCAAAAACUGUUUCGCAUUUUCAUGAGAGUCCUGUCUGUAAUAAAGGCAACUCUUUAAUCUCAGGUCAACUUUUUUUAAAGCAAGAUGACUUAGAAUCUCAGGAUGCAACUCAGAUUAACCUCUGUCUCAGGAAUGCUAGAAAACCUGUGGGCACCAGCAGUUCCCUGAAUUUUCAAGCAGCUCCCCGAUUACCAAGAGAAAAAGAACAUUUGUGCAGAAGCGCUGAAAGUUCUAUCAAUGAAAUAAUUGAACAGGUGAUUUUGAAAUAUUGUUAUGAGCCUCCUCCCAAAGAGUUGCCUUGCAGAGAAGAAGAUACAAAUUCCUGUGUAAAUAUUCUGUCACUUUUGGAUCGCAGUAGUCUGCAUGGUUCAGAUGUGAGUUUUGAUUGUGACGCAGCUGUUGAUUCACAAGCAAACCUGUCCAAAUUAGCUGCUAAAAAUCUAGAACUUCUCAAAGAAGUUAAAGUAAAUCUACAAGAUGAAAACUAUAACACCCAACUCAGCUCCGUUUUUAAAAGUGUUUCAGUGCAGCAAAUAGAAGCAGAAAACGAUAUUUCAGUUCAAAGCAAAGAACCAGUCCUUCCAGCUCUGCCUCAUGUGCCUCCUUCCUUUGUAGGAAAAACCUGGUCUCAGAUCAUGUACGAAGAUGAUAUGAAAAUUGAAGCCCUUGUGCGGGAAUUUAGAGAAGGCCGCUUCCGCUGCCAUUUUGACACUGAGCCCUUGGCUCAUCGUACACCAAGGAAAAAACCUCAAAAGCCUGAUGAGAGGAUGAAUGCAGUCGCACCUAACAAAACAGAGGCUGGGCCCGCUAAAGGGCUUCCAGAAUUUACUGAUGGGCUAAGCGAUGGUCCUGACUUCAGCAACUUCUCUGCAACUUCAGAAAUACAUGUUCCAAAGCCCCUGAAGAAUCCCCAAAAAAGAGUUUUCCGCCUUGCCUCAAGAUGCCAAGUAGUUAAGGUUAGCCACGGCACACAAACCAGUUUAAUACAGUAUCCGGUAGUUAAGCAAAAAAUAAUUAGGAAGGACCGUCAGCUGCAAAAUCAGAUGGCCAACCUCCUUUGGUCAGAGAAUGAGAAAACGCCUACCAUGAAAACGAGGCUAUGUGCUCUUAAGCUUCCUAAAUCUUAUACCAAACUCAUGAGCCCUGUACAGCCGCAGACACUAGUCUAUGUUCUUUCAUGCCCAGAGAUGAAACAGUUUAGGAGCAAGGCUGAGGAGAUUCCCAAAAUUAAAAGCCACCAUUCCACAGAUAGCAAAGAUUCUUUAAGGUACAAGUACAAACAAACCCCUAUUAAGUAUUACGAUCCUCUGACGAAUCGGAUUUUAAAAACGCCUCCCAAAUGCGUAGCUGUGGGGAAGACAAAGAAGCCAGCGCAUGUUCGACAGCUAUUCAGGAACCUCAACUUCGAUGGAAACCGGAAGAAACAAGCUGAUAUCCAGUAUCUAUCAAAGCCCUUCAGUUCCCCAGACCACCGUGCGUCAUCUCUCUUGGUGGACCCUGUUAAGGGGAAUGGUAUGAAUUCAAAUCGUAAGUCAGAGGGCCCUUCUAUUUCAUCCGAAAAAUCAGAAUGCUCGGUCUACAACUGUUCAGAGAAAUGCUGUAAACACUUAUUUACUUCACCGUUGAAGUCGCAUCAGUCACAGCAGGAAGGUGACUUUCAAUUCAAUCUAUUUAAGAGGAAAGGAGUCAAAUGUCCCUCGAAGUCCCGUACUGCUGAUUGUUUAGAAAGAGACAAUCCAAAGAAAACAUGGCAGAGGAAGAAAAUCAAUAGUAAAGAAUCAGGGUUUCCGAAAAAAACUUCAGAGCUGAUUUUUAUCAAACGUGACCUUGUUAAGAAAGGCAGCAGAAAACAGCCACCCAGAAGGGCAACUCAGCCAAUAGGAGGGAUUAAAAAAAAAUCUUGUACUCUUCAAUCAUCUCUUCUCAGGCCCCACUCAAAGAACACUACCAUAAAAAAGCAUCUUCAGAAAAAAAAGGCUGACCUUAAAAAGCUGACCGUGUCACGGAAGUCCAAAAGAACGUUUUUGAAUACUGCAGAUGCAAUGGGCAUUGCAGAAAAAAGGCCAAGAGCCUCUGUGAGGACUUCUUCCAAAGUAAAGACAUGGGAAGUGGCCAGGGACAAGAAUCUUUUUUGCACUGUGAAAUAAUGUUGCUCAGAUCAUAUAAAUUUGCUUUGGGCUUGUCUUUUAAGAGGGCGGGAAAGGGAGAAAAAAGUGGGAACGGCUUUUUCAAGGUAUACAUCGGAAUUAGAAAUGGAACAAUUUCAAGGUCAAACAGUAAGCUAAUAGGUAAAGAAGUCGUUCAUAUUGCUACUUUGUGAGUGUGCUGCACAUUACAUGUUAAGAGCCGAGGUGGCGCAGUGGUUAGGGUGCAGUACUGCAGGCCACUUCAGCUGACUGUUAUCUGCAGUUC